AUGUUUGAAGUAGCUAAAAAUUAUUUCUUACGAUUUUCAGCUGAAAAAAUUCUCGAGGACAGCCGGCGUCUUCAAGAUCUAGCCGGUGCAGAAGAGAUAGCUGAAAAGAAACGCAAGCAGGCCCUGAUUGCUGAAAUAAGAGCUACUGAGGCUGCUCUCUCAGUUGCCAAAGAGCUUUCGCAGAAGCAGGUGAGACUCAUAUUUGCAUUGAUUUUGCCAUCGUCAAAGGCAAUCUAG